CAUCUUCGCACAGACUGUACAUGAGAAGGGGUGAAAACACAAUCUGAGGACACCAAUACGUGACGGAUUCGGGUGUUGAUGCGAUCCUUUCUUUCUCAGAAACUGAUUUGAACGAUAGGUACGUCGGAUACAUUUUGGUCAGCGAAUAAAGGCACGCCCAGAGACGUUUUCUCUGUCGCCUAGACACCGUUUAACCCUUUGGUGGGUUUCUCGUUACGUGGGUUUACUUCAAUCUCGGUUACUCAGUAAGAGGUGGGAAUGUAGAGCUGUUGUAGCCCCGGGCUGUGUUUUUGACGUAAAGCUCUAGAAACGGCCGUGUAAAUGCUGUCAGGUUCAGAGUUUGGGUGGACCUCGAGCCUGCGGAAUGGAAAUAAACGGAGACGUCAACAUGGCGACAGCUGCUUCGCCCCUGCGCUCGAGAUGAAUCCUCAGCUAUAAAGCUCCCAGAGUGACCUGAGAUCCAGCUGGUUCAGCUACCAUAGCAGGAUGUCAAUAUGGCUGCUCAGCUUCUCGUUCCACCCGGACCCGACAGCUUCCGGCCCUUCACCCCCGAGUCUCUCGCUGCUAUCGAGCGCCGCAUCGCAGAUGAGGCAGCCCAACGGCCCAAAGGCGGGAGACGGCCCGAUGAAGAUGACGAAAACGGGCCCAAACCCAACAGCGAUCUGGAGGCGGGCAAGUCCCUGCCCUUCAUCUACGGAGACAUUCCGCCCAACAUGGUGUCCGUCCCGCUGGAGGACCUGGACACUUACUACAGCAACCAAAAAACCUUUAUAGUAUUGAAUCGCGGGAAGGCCAUAUUCCGCUUUAACGCUACGUCGGCCGUGUACAUUUUGAGCCCCUUCAAUCCUUUGAGGAGAAUCUCCAUCAGGAUCCUGGUGCAUUCGAUGUUCAGUUUUGUGAUCAUGUGCACAAUCUUGACCAACUGCGCCUUUAUGACCCUCAGCAAUCCCCCAGACUGGGCCAAAAAUGUGGAGUACACCUUCACAGGGAUCUACACAUUCGAGUCCCUUAUUAAGAUCCUGGCACGGGGCUUCUGCAUUGGGAAGUUCACUUUCCUGAGGGAUCCCUGGAACUGGCUGGAUUUUAGCGUCAUCUUGAUGGCAUAUGUAACAGAAUUUGUGGAUCUGGGCAAUGUCUCAGCACUGAGAACCUUCAGGGUUUUACGAGCACUCAAAACUAUAUCAGUGAUCCCAGGGCUGAAGACCAUCGUUGGCGCUCUGAUCCAGUCCGUGAAGAAGCUGUCAGACGUGAUGAUCCUGACGGUCUUCUGUCUGAGCGUGUUUGCUCUGAUCGGACUGCAGCUCUUCAUGGGAAACCUGAGGCAGAAGUGUGUGAGGAUACCGAUCAAUGGCACAGAAAACAUGACAGACCGGUUCAACUACAGCUUAGAAAUGCCCAGCUCCAACUUCAACUGGACGGAGUACAUUAGUGAUAAGAACAAUUAUUAUUACCUCCCAGGCCGUAGAGAUGCUUUGCUGUGUGGAAAUUCUAGCGAUGCAGGGCAGUGUCCAGAGGGCUUCUUAUGCAUAAAAGCUGGUCGUAAUCCUGACUACGGCUACACAAGCUUUGAUACGUUCGGCUGGGCCUUCCUCUCGCUAUUCAGACUCAUGACACAAGACUUCUGGGAAAAUCUCUAUCAGCAGACCCUACGUGCAGCUGGAAAGCCCUACAUGAUUUUCUUUGUGCUGGUAAUCUUCCUGGGCUCCUUCUAUCUGGUAAAUCUCAUCCUGGCUGUGGUGGCCAUGGCAUACGAUGAGCAAAACCAGGCCACUAUAGAGGAGGCCCAACAGAAGGAGGAAGAAUUUCAAGCCAUGCUGGAACAGCUAAAGAGACAGCAGGAGGAGGCACAGGUUGCCGCAGCAGCAGCAACAGAGAGCGGGGAGUACAGCGGAAGGGGGGGCUUGUCGGAGGAAAGCUCCUCCGGAGGGUCCAGACUCAGCUCUAAGAGCGCCAAAGAGCGACGAAACAGGAGGAAGAAAAGAAAACAACGGGAGGAGGAGGAGAAAGCCGACCAGGAGAAGUUUCAUAAGUCUGCAUCAGAGGACAGCAUCAGACGACCCGGUUUUCGCUUCUCCAUAGACGCUAACCGACUCUCUUAUGAGAAGAAGUGCUCCACUCCAAAUCAGUCUCUCCUCAGCAUCCGCGGGUCUAUUUUCUCCCCGAGGAGAAACAGCCGCGCAAGCCUGUUCAGUUUUCGCGGGCGAGCUCGAGACUUCGGCUCAGAGAACGAUUUUGCUGAUGACGAGCACAGCACAUUCGAGGACAGCGACAGUCGGCGCGGGUCGCUCUUCGUACCUCGCUGCAUCGAGAGGCGGAGCUCCACCGUCAGUCACUGCAGCCUGGCCCCAAGGAUCAUGCUGCCAGCCAAUGGAAAGAUGCACUGCACCGUAGAUUGCAAUGGCGUGGUCUCUCUGGUGGGUGGGACAUCUGUGCCAACAUCACCAAUCGGACGCUUGUUACCAGAGGGCACAACCACUGAGUCUGACGCACGCAAGAAGCGUUCGGGAUCGCACCAGCCGUCGGAUUAUCUAGACGAGACGGUCGCUAGAAAAAGAGCUUUGAGCGUGGCCAGCAUUCUCACGAAUACUAUGGAAGAGCUCGAGGAAUCACGGCAGAAGUGUCCUCCUUGCUGGUACAAGUUUGCCAACAGCUUUCUGAUCUGGGACUGCUGUCCCACAUGGUUGAAGGUGAAGCAGAUUAUGAACAUGAUCGUGAUGGAUCCAUUCGUAGACCUGGCCAUAACCAUCUGUAUUGUCCUCAACACCCUCUUCAUGGCUAUGGAACACUAUCCAAUGACAAAGGAGUUCAAUCAUGUGCUGUCAGUGGGAAAUUUGGUGUUCACUGGGAUCUUCACGGCAGAGAUGUGUCUGAAGGUAAUCGCACUAGACCCGUAUUACUACUUUCAGGAGGGCUGGAACAUCUUUGAUGGCAUCAUCGUGAGUCUGAGUCUCAUGGAAUUGGGCUUGGCCAAUGUGGAGGGACUUUCUGUGUUGCGCUCCUUCAGACUGUUACGAGUCUUUAAACUAGCAAAGUCCUGGCCCACUCUGAACAUGCUGAUAAAGAUCAUCGGUAACUCAGUCGGUGCUUUGGGGAAUCUGACCCUCGUCCUGGCCAUCAUCGUCUUCAUCUUCGCCGUGGUGGGAAUGCAGCUGUUCGGAAAGAGCUACCGCGAAUGCGUCUGCAAGAUCUCAGAGGACUGCGAGUUGCCGCGCUGGCACAUGGACGAUUUUUUCCACUCCUUCCUGAUCGUGUUCCGGGUGCUUUGCGGCGAAUGGAUCGAGACCAUGUGGGACUGUAUGGAAGUGGCCGGACAGUCGAUGUGUCUCGUUGUCUUUAUGAUGGUCAUGGUCAUUGGAAAUCUGGUGGUGCUGAAUCUGUUCCUGGCCUUGCUCUUGAGCUCUUUCAGUGCCGACAACCUGGCAGCCACAGACGACGACAGCGAAAUGAACAACCUGCAGAUCGCAGUGGGCAGAAUACAGAAAGGCAUCGCGCUGAUCAAGUCGGCCUUGCGGCAGUUGAUCCAAAGCCUCUGCCUGGCCGGCGGCAAACCUCGCGCUCUAGACGAGGAGAAACCCCUCGACGACCUUCACAGCGACGGCAAGGAGAACUGCUUGUCCAAUCACGCUCCCGUCGCCGUCGAUCUCACCACAGACUAUCUGAAGGGAGGCUGCGUUUCCCCCGGCAACGGGGUGGAAGGUCACGUGAAAUACGAAAUCGGGGAAUGCGACUACAUGUCGUUCAUACACAAUCCCACGUUAACCGUUACGGUGCCGAUUGCGGUGGGAGAGUCGGACUUUGAAAACCUCAACACGGAAGAUUUUAGCAGCGAUUCGUCUGACGUGGAGGGAAGUAAAGAGAAGCUGCCUAUAGAUACUGUACUGAGUUCCUCAGAAGGGAGCACGGUGGAUAUCCGACCCCCGGGAGAAGGGGCGGAGUCUGUCGAGUUGGAGCCAGAGGAGUCCCUAGACCCGGAGGCCUGUUUCACUGAAGGCUGUGUGAUGAGGUUUCAGUGCUGUCAGGUCGAUGUCGAGCAAGGACACUGGAAAAGUUGGUGGAUUCUCAGGAAAACCUGCUUUAUCAUUGUGGAGCACAACUGGUUUGAGUCCUUCAUCAUCUUCAUGAUUUUACUUAGCAGUGGAGCACUGGCCUUUGAGGACAUUUACAUCGAGCAGCGCAAGACGAUCAAGACAGUGUUGGAGUACGCGGAUAAAGUCUUCACAUACAUCUUCAUUUUGGAGAUGCUUCUGAAAUGGGUUGCGUACGGCUUCGCCAAAUACUUCACCAAUGCCUGGUGCUGGCUCGAUUUCCUGAUCGUUGAUGUGUCUUUGGUGAGUCUGGUAGCAAAUGCUCUUGGUUACUCAGAACUAAGUGCAAUUAAGUCCCUGAGAACACUGCGUGCUCUUAGACCUCUGAGAGCAUUGUCACGCUUUGAGGGAAUGAGGGUUGUGGUGAACGCUCUGUUGGGAGCUAUUCCUUCCAUCAUGAACGUCCUGCUGGUGUGUCUGAUCUUCUGGCUGAUCUUCAGCAUCAUGGGGGUGAAUCUUUUCGCUGGAAAAUACUACCACUGCAUUAAUAUUACCAACGAUGAGAUGUUUCCCAUCACCGUGGUCAACAAUGAGUCAGAAUGCCGAGCCCUGAUCAAAAACAACGAAACGGCGCGCUGGAAAAACGUGAAGAUUAAUUUCGAUAACGUGGGAGCCGGAUACCUGGCGCUACUGCAAGUGGCCACAUUUAAAGGAUGGAUGGACAUUAUGUAUGCGGCUGUGGAUUCUCGUGAUUUGGAGCAACAGCCCAAGUAUGAAUCGAACCUAUACAUGUAUCUGUACUUUGUCAUCUUCAUCAUCUUUGGCUCCUUCUUCACCCUCAAUCUCUUCAUUGGUGUCAUCAUCGAUAACUUCAAUCAGCAGAAGAAGAAGAUAAGAGGACAGGAUAUCUUCAUGACAGAAGAACAGAAGAAAUAUUACAAUGCCAUGAAAAAACUUGGAUCUAAGAAGCCACAGAAACCCAUUCCCAGGCCUACGAACGUGUUUCAGGGCCUCGUCUUCGAUUUAAUCACCAAACAAGCCUUCGACAUUGUCAUUAUGAUCCUGAUCUGCUUGAACAUGGUGACCAUGAUGGUCGAAACUGAUGACCAGACGGUAGAAAUGGACAACAUCCUGUACUGGAUCAACCUGGUUUUCAUCGUCCUCUUCACUGGAGAAUGUAUGCUCAAGAUGAUAUCCCUGCGGCAGUACUACUUCACCGUGGGCUGGAAUGUGUUUGACUUUGUGGUGGUGAUUUUGUCAAUUGUUGGCAUGUUCCUCUCUGACAUGAUCGAGAAAUACUUUGUAUCGCCGACCUUAUUUCGAGUCAUCCGGCUUGCCAGAAUUGGCCGCAUUCUUCGUCUCAUCAAAGGAGCCAAAGGCAUUCGUACUCUCCUGUUUGCCUUGAUGAUGUCACUUCCUGCCUUGUUCAAUAUUGGCCUUCUCCUCUUCCUGGUCAUGUUUAUCUAUGCCAUCUUCGGAAUGUCUAACUUUGCCUACGUGAAGCACGAGGCGGGGAUCGAUGACAUGUUCAACUUCGAGACGUUCGGGAACUCGAUGCUCUGCUUGUUCCAGAUCACCACCUCUGCGGGUUGGGACGGCCUCCUGGCGCCCAUUCUGAACAAGCAAGAUCCCGAUUGCGACAGCGAAACUGAGCACCCGGGCAGCUCGUACCGCGGCGACUGCGGAAACCCCUCGGUCGGCAUCUUUUUCUUUGUGAGCUACAUCAUCAUUUGCUUCCUGAUCGUGGUGAACAUGUACAUCGCCGUCAUCUUGGAGAACUUCAGUGUAGCCACGGAGGAGAGCGCAGAACCGCUCAGCGAGGAUGACUUUGAAAUGUUCUACGAAGUCUGGGAGCGAUUCGACCCCGACGCCACGCAGUUUGUGGAAUACAGCAAACUUUCUGACUUUGCGGACGCUCUGGAUCCUCCUUUACGCAUUCCCAAACCUAACAAGAUCCAGCUGAUAGCCAUGGACCUACCCAUGGUCAGCGGCGAUCGAAUCCACUGCCUGGACAUCCUGUUCGCUUUCACGCUAAGGGUCCUGGGCGAGGAGGGUGAGAUGGAUGCCCUGAGAGGACAGAUGGAGGAUCGAUUCAUGGCCUCCAAUCCCUCGAAAGUCUCUUACGAGCCCAUCACGACAACCCUUCGCCGCAAACAGGAGGAGAUGUCCGCCGUCAUCAUUCAGAGGGCCUUCCGACGUUACCGAAUGAGGAAAACGAUAAAGAAGGCCUGUGAAGUGUACCGCCAACAUCUGAAGGAUGGGGUUGUACCCAUCCCAGAGAAGGAGGUGCUCGUUAUCGGAAAGUUUCACGAGAACUCUGCGUCGGACAAAACGGACAUGACUCCAUCCUCUGCCUCUCCUCCAUCUUAUAACAGCGUGGCCAAGUCAGAGAAGGACAAAUAUGAGAAAGAAAAGCGAGAGAAGGAGGACAAAGCAAAAGAUGCAAAGGACAGAAAAAAAUGUGCGAUGAAUUGAAAUGGAGACUGUUCUUAUCAAUCGAGACACUGUUUACAGAGCGGAUAAAGAGCACCGAGGUGCGGUUCACCUCGAGCGGUUUUGGAACUAAUGCCAAACUGAGCGCGUGUGGGGCAGAGUGUGUGUAUGUGUGUGCGUCUACACCAUCCGUGCACCGAGCUAGCCUAAGGGCGCGUUCACGGUGUUGACGGAAAACGUUCGUUUGAGAACAGUGCCAGCAUUGACACAACAUCACACGCGCUUAUAAAGAGUAUGACUGUUGUAUCCCCAAGGACGUUGCUGUGGCAAGUGUAGAGUGGUGUGCGAGUCUGUCUUUUCAUUUCGAGUGUUGUUAAACAAUCCCGAGGACUGAGAGAAACUGUUAUAGUCAUUGGUAGCUAGUGCUAACCGCUACCACUGGGGUCUUUCUUAAGGAAUGGCGUAUUAUAUACCUGCACAUUUUUGUUAGCUCAUUUUUUAAUCAUGUUCGACUUUUCUACUCGUGGGUUCGAUUGUCUGAACUGCUUAGUCUGUAAGGGGAUGGGGAACGUCGACCGUCAGGCGGGGGAUGUCGUCCCGGGCUCUAUAAGGAGGGGAGCCCACCAAACACUAGGUAAAUGGGGAUCGGCCCGCCCUUGCAUCUUUUGAAUUCUAGGGGGCAACCUUUCGAUAGCGGAUUAUCCGAUUGCACCUGUAACAGGACCUCAUUUAGGGGGCGUGCACACCAAAGCUUUUACGCCCGCGGCCGGCGCAUGUCUUCAAUUGUUUCCAAUGGAAGCUCGGUGUUUUUCAAAUAAGCCAGCAGCUAGCGGGUUUCUUCCGCCUUGAAACCCGGCCCUUGGCGAGAGUUGAAAAAUAUUCAACUUUGGGUGAAAAGCUCCGCUCAUCAAUGUCAGUUCUCACACGGCCGUCCAAUCACAGUGGAGGAGGGGCGGGACCACAGCAACCAACCGGCUCACAGCUGAAGUAUCGUAGCUACCAAAGCGCUUAGCUGAAGAAAGCUGGCACUCAGCUCAAAAUCAGCUGGCAUUGGCCGUCCUCCAGACGUUUUCAGCCGUGUUUAAAAGUUUUGGUGUGCACAACCCCUUACUCGCGUUAGCGAAUGGCGAACAAAAUCACACCAACACAUACACAACUACAUUUAAAGCGUUAGAAAAUCAAUGACUCGUUAGAGUUCAGAAUGCGACUUUUUCACUAAUAGAAUGUUAUUUUUUAUUGUUUAUCAAUGACGCUCUGCAUUGCCUUACUGAACACAAACAAGAAAAUGGUUUCAGCCAAUGUAAUUUUUACACCGUCGACAGUAGAGGGAGCCAAACUAAAUUAACAGAUUUGUCAAAAUGCCUACCACGGGUAAAGGGAAUCAAUAGCGCGACUACCGUAACGUUAGCAGAGGUUGAGAUUUUCCUGAAUGUACACGCAGAUAAACUUAACAGGAAGUGAUGUAACCCUACUGAAUGUCUCUGUACCAGACAACCACAUGUCUCACCUCAUUUAUUUUGAACAAAUGCUAUAUAUAUAUAUAUAUCUAUAUCUAUAAAAAUCUAUAUAUAUAUCUUCCGAAUCUAAAUGCGUUUCGUGCAUAAGUGCAGGUCGACUAUUCCGUGGAUCUCAGCAGAAGAACAAUUUUUAAACUUCAAUGUCUGUCGCCGAGCAACGGCAACACCAUGAGUUUGGUUGAAUAAUGCGGUUAUGAGCUCUUCUGGUAAACUAGUAGUGGUGAUUUUGUAUGUAUAUAUACUGGCAUGCCGUAUCUCACCUCUGUACCCAAUUCUGUAGAGGAGCACUUUUACACGCCACUUAAACUGUCAUUUGGAUGCCUGUAAUCUGUGUGCGCAAGAGAUGCGUGUGUGGAAAUUUGAAAGAUAAAGAUUAUGAGAGCUUAUUUAUGUGAGAGAGAGAGAGAUAGAGAGACAGAUAUGUGUAUUGACUGUAUGUAACCGGGCCACCAUCGAUGUGCUUUAUUCAUUCUUUUUAUUGUUUAUAUUGUAAAUAGUAGUUUUAAGCUUAUGUUUCGUUUUUUUUAUUCUACUUAUUUUGUUUACAUUUUUUUGCACAGUGCUACAUGUGAAGGCCAGGUCCUGGUUUUAAAUGUACAUAAAAAUUUAUGAAGCAA